CUCCCAGUGCCUCACACGAGCACGAGCCCCCUCAGCCGAGUACCCUCCACACAUCCAAAGCAGCGGAGCCCGAGAACCAGGAAGUGAAAGUAUACACAUGGAGGGUGUGUCUGUCCCUGCCACUGUAUGUUUUAUUUUUUAAAACAAGGUCCUCGGCGGAUAAAUAAAUGGGGGACUCGGCGAGGACCAAGCGGCGGGAGCAGCUGAAGCGCUGGGCCGGCUCCUGCACCGACAAGGCGUCGGACGUACCCAGGCGGAGACGGCGGGGCGAUGCCGGGGACGGCGCAGGGGAACCCGAGGCCGAGCUCAACGAGCCGCCGAAGGACCUCGUCUCCGGGGACAGAGAAGAGAACAGUCCCACAUUCGGGCGACGGAAACGGGUGAGGUUUGACAGGGCUGCUGAGUUCCUGGCUGCCUGUGCCAGUGGAGACACGGAGGAGGCCCAGGUGAUGCUGGAGGAGGCCAGAGAAUCUAAACUGAGGAAUGGAGACGACGUGGUUGAAAUUAUAAAUUGCUCCAACGCGGACGGAAUUACAGCCCUACACCAGUCUUGUAUCGACGGCAGCAUCGAAAUUGUGAUCUUCCUGUUGGAGCGCGGUGCCAGCGUGAACCAGGUUGACAGUGAGGGAUGGACGCCGCUGCAUGUCGCCGCCUCCUGCGGCUACCGAGACAUUGCAGAAUACCUUCUGCAGAAGGGUGCAUCUCUUACUGCUGUGAACUGUGACGGUGAUGUUCCUCUGGACAUUGCCCUGGAUGAGGCCACUGAGUCCCUUCUUCAGGAAUACACUCAGAGACAGGGUGUGGAUUUAGAGGCAGCUAAGCGGCUUGAGGAAGAACAGAUCAUGACAGACGCCCGGACCUGGCUGACUGAAGGCCCUCCCGCCGAUGUACGACACCCAAAGAACGGAGCUACUCCGCUGCACGUGGCUGCAGCUAAAGGCUACCUGGAGGCCCUGAAGAUGCUGUGUCAGUGCGGGUUGGACGUGUCAGCUGUGGACUUUGACGGCUGGACGCCUCUCCACGCCGCAGCGCACUGGGGUCAGGAGGAGGCCUGCCGCAUUCUGGCCGAACAGCUGUGCAACAUGGAGGCUCGCAGCAAUGCGGGUCAGACGCCGUUUGAUGUAGCCGAUGAAAGCGUGGAAGAGCUCCUGGAGGAGUUAUCGCAGAAACAAGCCAAUUGGCGCAAUGAGCGGUCAAUAUCAGAAUGGCAAAACCAACAAGGCCCCAACGCUGCGAACACACAAAACAAGCGGCGAAGGACGUCGGUGUGUAGGAUGAGCAGUAAAGACAAGAUGACGGUGCAGGAUCAGUCAAAGGAGAGGGGCGUGUCAGGAGGCCUGGAGCUGAGCGAGGAGAAAGAGAGCAGCCCCGAAAGCUCCGUAGUGUCCAGUCCAGACACGGAGAGCGUGACCACAUCUACAGUCAGUCCUGCAGACAAGACACCAGAGGAGAAGCAGGAGGAGGAGGAGGAGGAGCAGGACAAGGCGAACCGCACUGCCAGAGUCCAGCCCACUCCUCAGACGAGAGACACGGCAGCCGAGAGCCCCAACACUCCCAACGCCGACAGGCGCAAGUUCCAGGCUCCGGUCAGAGAUGAGGAAUCAGAGUCUCAGAGGAAAGCGCGCUCGCGGCUGUUGCGUCAGUCCCGACGCUCCACACAGGGUGUGACGCUGACAGACCUCAAAGAGGCAGAGAAGAGCGUGGGCAAGGUCGAUCCUCCGGCUCGUAACAUCCAGCCCGUCAGCCCCAUCGUCACCGUGACGCCGGCUGAAAGAGAUACAGACCCGGUGAAGCAGGGCGAGUCGGACGGGGGCCAGAGCCUGGGCCCGAAGGAAAGGAGGAAAAGGAGGGAAAGACGCUCCACUGGCAUCGUUCAGCUCGGAGGAGAAAACGAUGAGGAAGCACAUCUGGAUGACUCAAACAGAAACAUCUCUUCCUAUGGGAGUGAACUGGAAGACUCGUCUGGUGACUACAGAACGCUGUACUUCAAGGUACUGCAGGACAACCUGUCUCUGAAGGACAAGCUGCAGGAGAUGGAGCUGCUGCUCAGCCAGAACAAAGUGGAGCUGGAGAGACUGCGACAGGUUCGGCAGAGUCAGGAGGGGGGCACAGACAGACCGGCCCUGCUGGAGCUGGAGAGAUUUGAAAAAUUGGCUCUGCAGAGGAAAGCGGUGGAGCUGGAGGACGAGCUCAAGGUUCUGGGGGACCUCAGAGCCGACAACCAGAGGCUGAAAGACGAGAACGCCGCCCUCAUCCGAGUCAUCAGCAAACUCUCAAGAUGAACCUGGGAAGAAAUGGAAACAAAAAAAAAAACAAAACAAAACAAACAAACACAACCUACACAGAAAUAUAAAAAGUAUUAGUUGUUCGCCACUCAGGCGACGCAAACCGGGACGAGAGGCGCAGCGUCGCACACCUGUUCAACAUUCAACAAUAACUGGAGCUGCGGAGAGAUUUCAGGGGUAUUGCCUGUGUCAGGGCCUUUAUGUUUUGGCAGAUCUACUGUAUAACAAGCUGGACUGCACCUCCUGUGGACGGACGGGACGUUCCUGUCCACUUUUAUAUUUUUAUUGUCGUAUUUUUUUAACUGGAAUAUUUUCAUGUGCUUCGCUCCAGUGAUACUUUGUAUAAAAUCUGUAUUAGGAGACUUAAAGCCAUGCACAGUGAGAGCUCACAGUCGUGUUUUUAGAUUAGCUUUCUGGUGAAGGGGUGGAGGAAUUAAAAAAAAAAAACAAAAAAAAACAAGAAAAAAAAUCUUAAAUGUGCCAAAAACCCCGCCACAGUUUCUUUUUUUUUUUUUUUUUUUUGGCAUGUGCUUUGGGGAAAAAAACUCCCGGUGGUCAGUGUUGCUUCUCAGGACGAGUCUUGAGUCGAUGCUUUCUGUUUGUUUUUUUUUUGUUUUUUCGCUGGCUGCUGUAAAAGGUGGACCAAAACAUUUUGCAUGCUCCUUCUCCUCCCCCGCUCCUCUGAAUGUAUAUUUAACAUGUGUAUUUAUGUCCGGGGACCGUCUGUCCCGACUCGCUCGUGGAGCGUCUCUUCUCCGUCUGCGGAGCUCGCGGUCAUGGGGGCUUUUUGUUACAAAUGUGAGAUCAUUUUUUUUUCAGGAGGUUGUAGGAGAAACGCAUGCUCUAACAUUAGUACUGUAGUCAAGUCUCGCUUCGCAGUUGUUUCACGUCUGAAAGCAGCCCCCCCCCCCGCCCCCCCCCCCCCCCCCUCCCCUCUGAGUUUUAAGUAUUCACCCUGUGACGGACGGCUGUUGUUCAGACAGAGGCCAGAUGGGUCAACUCUUGAAUGUUUACUUCAGUUUUUAAAGAAAAGAGAAAAUGCAUGUCACAUUGUAUUUUGAUGCCGUGCCUUUUACAUUUGUAAGUAAUAUUUCUAUUUUGCUUUGGCAGCGUUCACUGUUGAGUAUAAAAUACAGUAUGGGCAUAAAUGA